AUGUGGGCUGGGGUGGUGAGGCUCCAGGGGCCAGGAGGCCGAGCCCGGCGCCGAGGGGCCCAGCAGUGGGGCCUCCACAGCGGCUCCAGUCCCUCCCCUGUGUUCAUGUGUCUGCUUUCUCUCCGCAGGCUCCAGUGUGGCCGUUGCCCGUGGACCUGGGGCUCGGCCCACGUGCACAUCCUGUUCCACGUGCGGUGGGACGGCGCCGGGGGCCGGGGGCUGGUGAGGAUGUGUGUGCAGGGCCAGCCGUGCCAGCUGUGUCCCCCGGACACCCUCAGGGAAUGCCAGGUCAGCCCCGGGGACGUCCGGGCCUUCCUGGGCCAACUGGUCCUGUACAUUCUACAGAAGUGCUACGGGGACACCCCGGGCCCGGAGCGGCGCCCCGAGGCCUUCCCGGGGGGCUGCUGCGAGGCCUGCGAUCGGGGGGUCUGCUUCCUCCAAAGGGGGCCUGUGCCACACAGCUCCUCCGCCCGUGCCGAGGGCCAGCGGCUGCUCCCCUCCGGCAGCCGCCACGCGGCCCCGGGCCCCGGGGGUCAUGGCCGCAGGCCCCUCACUGUACCCCUGCUGGUGGUGGGCUUCUCCGAGGACCCCUCCUCCGAGGAGAGUGCUGUCCUCAACGAGGACACCUGCACUGUCAUCGUCCCCUUCACCCUCGUGGGUGCCGGCCGCGGCCCUGGCUGUGCCAUCCCCGGCGAGGGCGCCGUCCCGGCCGCUGGUGGCAACAGGCCGCCGGUGAUAGGCCGGGGCUCCAUCUACCUGUCCGGGAGCUCCGCGGCCGGGCCCGGCGGCCGAGGGGUCCUGGUGAAUGUCAGAGCUCCCAUCUUCCAUGACCAAAGUUUUCUGGGCAACAUGGUGAAGACCUUUGAGCUCAGAGGUUUUCUGUUUGGAGGCCGGGACUCUGUGCCCAGCUCUGUCGGCGUGGCCAAGGGUCAGGGCCCCAUCUCCGUCAGCAACGGCCCUGCCGUCCCUGAGACAGCUCUGUCCCCCGGGUUCUACACCAUUGGGCUCACGGCCAGUGGGGAGGGCGCCCUGGCCCUCCCCUCGACCUUAGCGGACACCCUCAGAGGCAAGGCCCCUGUCCUGAGCAUCGCCAAGGACGCGGUGCAGGAGGACGGCGGCCGGAGCCCCGCCGCGGGAGGCCACCGCCCGCCUCCGGAGAGCAGCCCCUCCGGCCCCGGGGCCCGCAGCGAGGAGGGCCUGGUCACCUUCCCCUUCUCCUUCAGCGCUGACAAGGACUCCUCCACAGAGAAGGGAGACAGACGGGGCCCGGCUGCUGCAGGCCGGGACGCUGCUCUGGAGAACAGCGCCCGCAGCCUCCUCUCCAUUCGAGAGGGGGCCAUCAGCGUCCCCUUCUCGGUCUUCAGCCUCUGGCCAGGCAGGGGCUCCGGCCCCUCUGCCAGCGCCCCCCAGUGCGUCGGUGCCGUCUCCUCCGACCACUACAAGAGAAGGCGGCUGAGGUCCAGGUCUGGCAAGUCCAGCUGCGGUCCCCGCCGGGAGGAAGACUUCCAUUCUAGAAGGUCGUCUCGCCGGUCAGGAGCCCAGGCCUCCGAGGACUUCUGGAUCUGCGUGUCCCUGAUCAUCUGUAUCUUCUGGCUGAUGUGUGUGUAUAGACUGAACCUGGGCACUUACCAGCAGUGA